GGAAUGAAACUCUGAGAAUAUUGAAUGAAAUCCUGAAUAUAUUGAAUGAACCCUGAAUAUAUUGAAUGAAACUGAGAAUAUGGAAUGAAACUCUGAGAAUAUGGAAUGAAAGUCAUGAUAUAUUGACGGAAAUUUGAGAAUAAUGAAUGAAGUCUUGAGAAACCAUAAUCUAUAGUCAUAUCCUGACAUCAGUGAUACCUUUCUGAAUUCCUUGACGUUACAAAAUGGCAUCAGAUGAAAUAUUCCAAUACUUUGUUGAACUGGAAAACUUUUUUGCAACAGCUGGUAAUAUUCCGAACGACACAAACAGUUUGGAAUCUUUAUCCCGUCACCUUGAGGAUCAUAUUUCCAUUAUUGAGACAUUCGUAGUGCUUAUGAGUAAUCAUGUUCAACAAAACCUUGCUGAAAGAAGAUUAAGCAUCAUUCUUGAAGGAAUUUACGAGUCCCUUCGGGAGAUGUCGGCUGAAGUAGACCUUCAGGUGGAAGCUGAUAUGCAAGCGCAUGGUAUGGGCACACAUUCUGCAUCUCAGAGAGGAAGGCCAAGGUACAACAUACCAACUGCUCAGCUGACUCACAUGCGGGACUUAGGAUUUAGCUGGAUGGCCAUAUCCCAAAUGCUGUCUGUAAACAUUCGAACACUGUACAACCACAGGACACAACUUGGUUUAGUUGACUAUGGGAGUUUCACCAACAUUUCAAAUGAUGAUCUUGAUCGUCUUCUUACGGAGGUUCUUAGACAAACCCCUGGCUCAGGAGAGACUUACAUCACUGGCAGUUUGAGAGGGAGAGGGAUCAGAGUUCAGCGAUGGCGAGUGCGAGAGCGAUUAAGAACAGUAGAUCCAGUGGGAAGAGCCUUAAGAGGACGAAGGGCAAUUCAACGGAGGGUCUACAAUGUCUCUGUCCCAAAUCAAGUGUGGCAUAUGGAUACAAACCACAAGUUAAAUCCAUGGGGAUUUGUGUUCCACGGAGGAGUUGAUGGCUAUAGUCGCUGCAUCACCUACCUGAGAUGUUGCACAGACAACAGAGCGUCAACUGCCGUGCAACUUUUCCAGGAUGCUGUUCAUCGAUUUGGACUCCCACAUCAUGUCAGGGGUGAUGCUGGUAGUGAGAAUAUGGAUGUUGCACGCUUUAUGAUUGAAAAUCGAGGGGCAAACAGAGGAAGUUUUAUGGUUGGACGUAGUGUCCAUAAUCAAAGAAUUGAAAGAUUGUGGAGAGAGGUAAACAGGGUGGUGUCAGCAUACUUCAAAGACCUUUUCCUCUUUAUGGAAAACGUUGACAUUUUAGAUAGCACUGACCCACUUCACAUUAGGGCUCUUCACCAUGUUUACCUUCCAAGAAUAAACAGAUCUGUGGAUGAGUUUGUAAGCCAGUGGAACCACCACAGCUUAAGGACAAUGGACAGUAGGUCCCCACUACAACUGUGGACAGUUGGAAUGCUCCAACUUCCUCAGCAUCAAAGACCAGUCAAUCAUUUUCAUGUGCAACGCCCUUAUGAUUACCAACAGUGGGACGUUGAGUUAAGGCCAAUUGAUCCCUUGAUUGACGAUGGAAAUCAUGGGAUAGAACUUUUUUUCGCAGCAUAUAACCUGCUUCAAAGAAAUACUUAGUCUGCUAAGUAAUUUGUUGUUUGCUGUUCAUCAUGUGGCACUGAUAGACACUAAAAGGACAAAAAGCCAGAACAUGCAAAGCAGGAACAUAGAACCCUUUAUUUUUAGAAGGCUUUACCAAAACCUUUAGAUCAAGGGUGCCCAAACUUUUCCCUUGGAGGGCCAAAACUGGAACUCAAUGUUUUCACACUGUGUUUUACAUAGUAUGUUAUGUAUAAUAUGUUUUACAUUUUUAGAAUAGGCAAAAAUAACAUGUAUACUGCAUUCAAAAAACUGCAUAUCUGUAAAGGGGAGACUCGUGGGUACCCAUAGAACCCAUUUUCAGCCACAUAUCUUGAGGUCAGAGGUCAAGGAGACACCUUGACAAAUGGCCAUGCCAGUUUUUCCUCGCCAAAAUUGAACCCAACUUUAGCGUGUUAGCCUCAUGGAAGAACAAAAGUAAAUAACA